AUGACGAGCCUCACAGAUAUCCCCCCAGAGCUUCUCGAUCAGAUUAUCGAGGCCUACUUCCUGGCCAAAGGCUCCCCCCUCCCUCUUAUGCUCACGUGUAGUGCAUUCUACAUUCCCGCUCGCCGACUCCUGCACUCCCGCAUGCGCUUCACGUCCAAUGCCCAGCUUGCCGGCUUCGCCGCGCGGUGCACGCCUCGCCUCGCGUGCUCUAUACAGAGCAUCGAACUUGACCUUGCUGGAGGCGCUACCGGCCGCGGGCUCUCUGCGCUCAUACGGAACUGCUUGAGUCGGUGCAGAAACCUUGCUCGGGAUCUUGGUCAAGUCGAUGCCGAUGGGCGUAUGCUGCUUGACUCUGUCCGCUUCUGCAUGAACUCGCAUGUUCAUGACGUGCACGAGAACCUCCAAGAUGCGAUUGGUCUCAUCAACCCGGUCAGCUUUACUUGGACAGGGCCGGAUCCACCACAUCACUUUUCUACAGCGAUCGUUCCAGGAGCCACCGAAGCUCUAUUCACUGCGCUCCCGAAGUGCUCGCGCCUCGAAACGCUCACACUGUCCAGCAUAUCGUUCCCCGCGCCCGUCAACUCUGACGCUACGGGCCCCUUUAUCCUCCCGCAUAUCCCCUCUCUACGCCGCCUGCACAUCGGACAAGCGGUAUUCCUCGAUCCGAAGGAGGUGGCGCGGUUCGCCCUGAGCUACGUGCUGCCCACCGUGCGCACUACAGGCGACGAGAAUGGCGGCCAUGCGCCCCAUUUGGAGAAAAUCCGCCUCGUCGACGUAUACAAGGGCUCAAUAUGGGGGCCGCGGAUCAGAAGAUCUGAGGUUAUUGAGGCUGGAAUGAAGUUGUGGGGAGAAACGCGAAGCGAUUCCGAUCCUCUGAAUGACGCCGAUUCUGGGGAAGGGAGGGCCGUACGGCGCGCGCUGACGGCCCUGAUUACCUGCGAGGCGCGGUCCGAGCGAAUCAUAGGCGGAGACCGCGUCGCGGAAGGGGGGAUAAUGCUGGACUAG